CGAUAAUACUUUGCUCUUCCUCAGUUGUUAAAGUCCACUUAUUUGCUGUUAUUAACAAGACUGGGGAACACGUGUUUUAAUGUCACGUCGCGAAAGAAUUCUAACAAAAUGGAGCUAUCAAACAAACUCCGUUGGGAGCAACUCCUGAUUUUGGCAGCAGCGCUUAUGUCACCUGCGGUAAAGGUGCUGUGUAAUGACAUCCUCAGCCUGAAGGUGGCAGGAGACCCAGUGCUCACCCCUAACUCUGUUUGCCUGAGGCUUCCAGGCCUUAGUAAGAGGCAGAUGAGAAUCUGUGUUCGCAGUCCUGAUGUCACAGCCUCUGCCCUGCAGGGCAUUCAGGUGGCUCUACACGAAUGCCAGCAUCAGCUCCGUGAUCAACGCUGGAACUGCUCAACAUUGGAGGGUCAGGAUAAACUGCCCCACCACAACAUCAUCCUCAACAGGGGUUUCCGUGAGAGUGCCUUCUCACUGGCUCUGCUGGCAGCAGGUGUGGCCCACUCUGUGGCCACAGCGUGUAGUAUGGGUAAACUGCGGGGCUGUGGCUGUGAGGCCAAACGCAGACUCGACGAUGACAAGAUUCGUCUAAAACUUUCUCAGCUGCAGCUGCAGACCCUGCAGAAGGGUGGGGUGGGCAGGCCACGUACACUUCCUGCUGAGAUGACUGGUCUCCAUGGCAGCCUGCCUUCUCACCUUCACGCUACUCAUCCUUCAGUUAUCCUUAAGACUUUACCCAAUGAGCUGAGCUCUAUGCAGGAGACCUGGGAAUGGGGCGGCUGUAGUCAUGAUGUUCAAUUUGGGGACCGUUUCGCCAGGGACUGGCUCGACACUCGAGGGUCUCCCAGGGAUAUCCACGCCCGAAUGAGAAUGCACAACAACAAAGUCGGGCGACAGAUAGUGACUGACAACAUGAAGAGGAAAUGCAAAUGUCACGGAACAUCAGGGAGCUGUCAGUUCAAAACCUGCUGGCAUGUGUCACCAGAGUUUCGGCUUGUUGGUGCUAUACUCAAGGAGAAAUUUUUAUCUGCCAUUUUUGUCAACUCUCAGAACAAGAACAAUGGUGUUUUUAACCCACGAUUCGGGAAUAGUGCAAGAGGAAGCACUGGAGGAUUUAAGGGAGGUCGGCGCCGCACUAUGUCUAGAGAGCUGGUGUACUUUGAGAAGUCUCCAGAUUUUUGUGAAUAUGACCCAUCUGUAGACUCUCUGGGUACACAGGGUCGCACCUGCAACAAGACCAGCUAUAACACAGACAGCUGCAGCUCAUUGUGCUGUGGCCGGGGACACAACAUUUUAAAGCAGACUCGAAAUGAACGUUGUAAUUGCAGAUUCCACUGGUGCUGCUACGUGUUAUGUGAUGAGUGUCGUCUCACGGAAUGGGUCAAUGUGUGCAAGUAGAGAGGAGUUGUGAUAACUGCAUAGUUUUUUCCACUUGUGUAACCUUCCUGGUGACAGUUUAUUCCACAGUUCCUCUUUUCACUCCAUCAUCUGGGAUCUAUUUUCUCUUUAGCCUCUGUUAUUCUCAGAAUGCCAAGUCAGAGAUUGAAUAGGUGACUCAUGUCACUUGCCUCACUUUUGUGUUUUUAGACGCUGCUCUAUCAAGCCUGGGUAACCCUUGUGUCACUCAAGCUGUUUGUGUAAAUGUGUACAGUACCUGUUCAUGCACUAGUGUAUUUAUGUAAAUCUACAUUCACUUUUAUCUGAGCUGUUAAACCUACAGCAUCCAUGUCUGCUUAUAUGUUUUCACGAUUGAGAGGUGUACAGUUUAUAUAUUUUUUUUAGAGAUUGAAAUGUUAUUGUUUAUUUUUGUACCUAAAUCUCAAUACAAGACUGAACUACCAACGGCAAGUUAUUCAAAUACAUUUCUUUGCAUCGAUAUGUACAUAUUGCGGCUUAUAGUUAAAAGCAAUCCAUGAGUGGUUGUAUUGAAAAUUCAGGGUUACCUUAAAUUUAUCCCACUGUAGGGAUGAUAAAUUGACUAAUGGACCCAUUCUGAACAAAUGCUGGUGAGUGUUCUGUAGCUGCGUCAAUGGGGUGUAAGCUCUAUGCUCUGUUUUAGGAGGUGCAAGGCUUUUUAUGACCACUUUAUGGAGAUAGAAGAACUUUUUAUGACUGUUUCUCUACAGUAUGACUUUUAUUUGUGAGGCGCAUUAAAUGACAGGAAGACAGGUCGUUUUAAAUCAUGGAAUCUACCAGUCUGCUAGUAUGAUCAUCCAAAAGGAUCAUCUGUCCUAGGUUCAUAUCCAAGGAUUCAAAAACCAAGUGUGUCUGAGAUUCUAAUGAUGCCAAAUUCAAAGAUUUACAUUUUUCAAAUGGCAUCCCAGCAGUAGAUAAUUUGACUGCAGUUUGUAGAUUAAAAAUGUGGUCUGUGAUUAAUGAAUAUAUUUCUACAUUUUGAUUUUAAAAUUGUGGAUAAAAUAUAAGUAACAAAAAAAAAAACUUUAAAAGGAAAUGAUAUGGUAUGCAGUUGCAGUUUGCUAAUGUGUGAUUGUUUGAACUUGUGACAUUAGCAGACUUAUUAAAAACAUGCAUGCAAGUAGCAGAUUUCUGGUAGUAAAAGUGCACUUGUGUUUAUUAUGCUGCAGAUGUAGUUUUCAGAUGUCAGCACCUGAAGGAUUUACUGUACUACUGCAAUGUUAAGGAGAUUCAGCCUGUCUCCUCUGUUUUGUAUGGAGAUGGUUAUCUGCAGUGGGACAUUCCCUUAUUGCCAGAAUGUGAAUGUGUUAUAAAAUAUUGUGACACUGGUCAAACUAU